ACUCGCCCCUGGGAAUAGCGACAGCGAAGCAGAUCGGAUGCUGAUUACUUCAUUCAUUCAUACAUCACUACAUUACGUGGCCUGCUCAACGACAGUUGCUGUCUUAUGAUUUGAAGACUACUUGCGUCAACUCCUCCCUCCCGCCAACGAGUCUCAACCACACCAUCGGGGGCCACUGAACUGGAGACUCACACACACGCACACACACUUGCACUUGCACUUGCACGCACACACACACACACACACACACACACAUGCACUUGCACUUGCACACACACGCAGAAAGAUGGUCAAGAUUAACGGGACACAUGAUUUAGCAAGUUAGCACAUGCCAUACAGACCACACACGUAUUCGAGAAAAUAGAGCAAACAGACUGAGGAUAGGAUAUCUUGAGCAAACAGAUUAACGGGACACAUUGUCUCGGAAAAGUUGAAGUCCACGGACUGUGCAGUUGUGUGGGUCAUUUCAUCAAAAAGCGCACAACAAAAAAAGGAAGCCGAGAACGUACGGCUUCCCAAAGCAAACGAUCGAGCUUCAAGAAAGACAAAGGGUUGGGUGGUAUAUUCCCUCCUGUUUUUUUUUCUUCUUGCAAGCGAAGCUGCAAAACAGGUCAUCUCUAGUAUCUCCUGAUUAAAUCAAGACCUGUGGGUGAUAGUGGUCUUGAUUGUAUUAUUCUGUGCGAUUAAAAAAAAUUACUAUAAGAAAAAUCGAUCACGCGCAUGUGGUAGCUCUGGAUCCGUACAGAUUUGAGAGUUUUUUAUGAAGCAGACGGUUCUCUGGAUUUGGUUAUGAUGGUCAGUGGGUAGGUAGGAUGGGGUUAGUGAUUGCCAUGGCAGCUGGGACUUGGCUAGUACCGAGGGGAGAAGGGUUUCGAUGAGCUGGUUGGGUAUUGAAUGAUCGAUCGCUCUGUUGUAGACGAGGAAUCUGCCUGCCGAGGAGACGAAGGAUUUGUCGAGCAAGGAAAUCCGACGAAUCAGACGGCUGAAAACAUCAUCAUUGCGCCGCCAUGGCUUCGUGUGCGACACUCUUGGGCGGGGAAUUCGCCGUCACGGCGAUGGCUGGAGCGUUGGCAGGUGGGGGUUCUGAGGAGAGGAGGAGGAGGAUGGAGAGGCCAUCGGCGGGAUUCUCAGAGUCCCGCAUUGGCUUGUCGCCGAUGUCCGCCUGUCCUGAGACGAGGCUGACCUGGAGUGCCGACGUGGGCACUAGCGCGGGGCAAGAAUACCUAUUUGACAUCGGGACACUGCGGUCGUCGGGGGCGACGGCGGGGGCGACGGCGGGGGGCUCGUUUCGGAAGCAGCGCAAUGCGUACUGUCCCCGUAGUCGUCUUCGCCCCGUUAUUGAACGUGCGCCACCCUACUUGGGCUUUUGUCACGGACUUGGGAGUGCGGAUGGAGAUAGCGGUGGUGCUUCUACAUCCAUCCCGGCCGCCAGCAAGGGUUCCACCGAAAGGCGGCCGUUUGAUGGCUUGCUAAACCCCCGGUGCUCCGCGUGCUUGCUGCUUGGUCGCAGGACUCUGGCAAUGUCGAGGAAGCGGAGAGGAGCUGAUAGGAGCAGUAGUGGUAGAACGACGCUCAGGACCGCGGCAUUGCACCCUAUGGAUCAUGCCACAAGACGCUGGGGUCCGAUGAUCAGGGCCGUGGGGACCACCACAUCUAUGUCUACGGGCGUCCGCGAUCUGGUGCUGGUUUCUUCUGCUCGGCAAUUCGCUGAGGGGCUCAUGCGCAACAGCAGAGGGCGAAUCUCACGGUUCCAAAACCCGACCCUGACCUCUGGCGAGGCUGGGGCUGCGGUUGUGAGACACGUGGGAUUGCCUGUCUCGUCGUCCUCGUGGUCGUUGGCGCCGCUUGGUCGUUGCGCGCCGUGCGGUGAUGACAAGAUGAAGGGUGUGCAGCAGUGCAGGGUUUCGUCGAGCAAUACGCGAGGGCGCGCGGGUAGGUACGCCAAGGAGGAGGCGGCGGCGGAGGAGGAGGAGGAGGGUGCUGAUGAUGCUGAGGAGGAAGAGGAGGAGGAGGAGGAGGAGGAGGAGGAGGAGGAGAUGAUUGUGGGGAGACGAGAGGCGUACGUGGAUGAUGCGGAUUUCGACCUGGAUUUCGGCGACGAUGUGCUGGGAGAGAGGGAUGAAUUCGACGAUUACGCGGAGGCGACGAUGAAUUUCGGACGAGAGGGGGGGGUAGGAGAGGGGGGAGGCGCAAACGGUGCGGAAUCGAGCGCGACGCUAAGGGAGUUGCUGGAAGAAGCCGGUGUCCAGCCGAUUUAUGUGGCGGGCAAUGCGGAGGUGGUUGUGACUGGGGUCUCGAUAGACUCGCGCACUACGAGCCCCGGCGAUGUCUUCGUGUGUAUUGUAGGUGAUAAGACGGAUGGCCAUUUGUAUGUGGCCGAGGCUGUGGAGAAAGGGGCAGUGGCAGUCGUUGCGUCCAAGGAGGAGGAGGUGGUGUUUGAUGGGGAGAAGGUGAAGGCGUUGGUGAUGGUGGAGGACACCUCCAAGGUGAUCUCCGCGUUGUCCAGCGCCGUUUAUCGCCAUCCCUCUAGGCAGAUGGCUGUGAUAGGCGUGACAGGGACGAACGGUAAGACCACAACCACCUACCUUUUGCGAGGAAUGUACAAUGCCAUGGGGUUGGAGACGGGCUUGGUCGGUACCAUCAACCAUUUCGUGGGAAAGAAGAAGCUGGAAUCCUCCCAAACGACUCCGGAGGCUGCGCCUCUUCAUCGUUUGAUGAAGGACAUGGUGGAUGCAGGAGUGUCGGCUUGUGUGAUGGAGGCGUCCUCUCAUGGUCUAGAACUUGGUCGGGUUGAUGACGUGGACUUCGAUGUGGCCGUCUUCACCAACUUCACCCGGGACCACAUGGACUUCCACAAGACCGAAGAGGAUUACCGCAGCGCCAAGGGCAAGUUGUUCGACCGGAUGGUAGAUCCCGAUCGCCAUCGCAAGGUGGUUAAUCUUGACGAUCCUAAUGCUGAUUGGUUCGUGGCCAGGGGCAACCCCAACGUGCCUGUGGUGACAUUUGGCAUGGAGAGGGAGGAUGCAGACGUGCGGGCCUUGGAGGUACAGCUGUCGCUUUUCGAGACGGAGGUUGUAGUUAGGACGCCGAAGGGAGACAUAGAGAUCUCGUCGGGGCUGCUGGGGAGGCACAACGUGUACAACAUUCUUGCCACGGUGGCCGUCGGGAUCGCGAUAGAUGCUCCACUUGAAGACGUGGUUAAGGGGAUUGAGGAGGUGGAUGCCGUACCCGGUCGGUGCGAGCUGAUCGACGAAGAGCAGGCUUUCGCGGUGGUGGUGGACUACGCCCACACCCCUGACGCCUUGGGGAGGCUUCUGGACUCUGUCAGGGAAUGCGGUCCUCGGCGGCUCAUCACCGUCAUAGGCUGCGGGGGAGAUCGGGAUCGGGGCAAGCGACCCUUGAUGGCCAAAAUUGCCACGGAGAAGAGCGAAGUGACCAUUCUGACAUCCGACAAUCCGCGCACGGAAAACCCUCUCGAUAUCAUCGACGAUAUGCUCGCUGGUGUUGGAUGGAGCAUUGAGGAUUACCUCAAGUGGGGCAGGGAUGGGUUUUAUCCCCCCUUACCUAAUGGUCACAGGCUCUAUGUACACGACAUGCGCAUCAUCGCCGUUCGCGCAGCCGUCGCAAUGGGAGAAGAGGGGGAUGCUGUGGUGAUAGCAGGGAAGGGGCACGAGACGUAUCAGAUAACCGGAACAGAGAGGGAUUACUUCGAUGACAGAGAGGAGUGUAGAGAGGCUUUGCAGCACGUAGAUGCGCUUCACGCGGCGGGAAUCGAUACCUCAGAGUUCCCUUGGAGGUUUGUCAAUCAGUGAUUUAGAUCCGAUCGGUCGCUGUGGUUGCUGCUGCUGCUGCUGCUGCUGCUGCUUGAGUGAGAGCGGACACUUGCCCAAGCGUGAGUAAACCACUGCUGCUGGCCUAGUUAGUCGAUGGGCGACUCAGUCAAUCCCCAUCAAUCAGUUGAUGAGUCAAGUGACUCCAUCAAAUCAAUCCGAGGUGUAAUGAAUGAUCGGCUUCAUCAUCAUGUCCGUGCGCGACUACUUUCUCUCUUCGUGUUUGCUAGUUUGGUUGGCAGGUCGAAAAAGGUGAAGCUCUGUUGAUGUCCUUUUUCGAUAGCUACCGCGUAGUUCGAUUGCUAGGUCUUCAUGGUACAGCUCAUGUCGAUGUCUGUGUGCGACCAGUUGCUUGUUGAAUCGGUAGGUUUGUUAUUUUGUCAGUCCAUCUCUCAGUGACUGCCACUCUUUCAACCUUCCUCUCCCUGAAGUUGGUACAAGUAGGCAGAAGGAACACCAAGUUGAUGGCUUCAAGAUACAGUUCAUGUCGAUGUCCGUGUCCCAGCAAUUGCUAGUGCAAUUGGUAGGUUUGUUAUUUCGCCAGUCCAUCUCUGAGUCUCUGCCGCUCUUUCGAAUUUCCUCUCCUUGAAGUUGGUACAAGUAGGCAGAAGGAACACCAAGUUGAUGGCUUCAAGAUACAGUUCAUGUUGAUGUCCGUGUCCCAGCAAUUGCUAGUGCAAUUGGUAGGUUUGUUAUUUCCUCAAUCCAUCUCUGAGUGUCUGCCACUCUUUCAAGCUUCCUCUCCUUGAAGUUGGUACAAGUAGGCAGCAACACGAAGUCGAUGGCUUUUCUGAAGACGGAAGGCGCACGCAGCGCGCGCAAUCCGUGGAAAGCUGAGGACAUUAGGCUGCAAUGGGCGGGAGGGAAAUAGGUUUCACCUACUGCAGAAUGUACCAAAGCAUGUCACUCUGUGUCGGCGAUGGAUCGCCGAAAUGUACUGGGCUAACUGAACUUCCCUUUUCCGUUUCCUUCUCAGUCUAACGGAGAGUGAAGCCCUGGGGGUUUGCGAGUCUCUGUCUGAGCCAGCCAUGAAUC